CUGCAGCCGCCCAGCGACCAGACAUGUCUGCGCAACAAACUGCCCCUGCCCAGCCCGAGCAGCAGCCGCCGCCUUGUGAGGAGACUAAUAAGUCUGAGGAGACUAAUAAGCCCGAGGAGACUAAUAAACCCGAGGAGAUGAAGGCUGAGGAGAGUAAUAAGGCUGAGGAGCAGCCGGAGACAGCGGCGGAGGCAGCAGCAGCUGAGGAGGAGGCGGCGGCGGCUCAGCCCGAGACAACGUACAAAUCUCUGCUCCUCUCUGCCCACGGGGGAUACGAUAAAGUGAAGCUGCAAGUAAAGAAGGGAUCGCCCGUCCCUAAAGCCGGGGAGGUGCUGGUGCGAGUGAAAGCCUGCGGGCUCAACUUUGCCGACUUGAUGGCCAGACAGGGAGUGUACGAUCGGCUGCCCUCUCUGCCCGUCUCCCUGGGCAUGGAGUGUGCGGGCAUCGUGGAGGAGCUGGGAGAGGGGGUGACUGACAGGCAGGUUGGUGACAAGGUGAUGGUCCUUAAUCGUUUUGGCCUCUGGCAAGAACUUGUUACUAUCCAAACAAACCACACCUUUCUCAUGCCUGAUGGGAUGAGUUUUGAAGAGGGGGCUGCCUUUCUGGUGAACUACAUCACUGCCUACAUGAUUCUGUUUCACUUUGGAAACCUGAGACCAAACCAAAGUGUUCUGAUCCACAUGGCCGCAGGUGGCGUGGGCACAGCAGCUGUUCAGCUCUGUAAAACAGUGGACAACAUUACAAUAUUUGGAACCGCAUCUGCAUCAAAGCAUGAAAACCUGAAGGAGAAUGGGGUAUUGCAUCCCAUUGACUACAGGAGCAAUGAUUAUGUUGAGGAAGUGCGGAAAGUCUCCCCUAAAGGAGUUGAUAUUGUCAUGGAUCCCCUCGGAGGAACAGACACCUGUAAAGCCUUUAACCUAUUAAAACCUAUGGGCACACUGGUGAUAUAUGGGGCAGCCAAUUUGUUAACUGGACAAAAGAAAAACAUUAUGGCGUUGGCCAAGUCCUGGUGGAACCAGUUCAGCGUAACUGCCAUGCAGCUGAUAAGUGCGAACAAGUCGGUAUGUGGCUUCCACCUGGGGCACCUCGAUGAAGAACUAGAGUUGAUUACAAGUGUCGUGUCAACACUGCUGGAUCUUUACAAGCAGGGCAAGAUAAAGCCCAAAAUUGACACCAUGUUUUCUUUUGAACAGGUGGGUGAUGCAAUGAGACAAAUGCAAGAGAAGAAAAAUGUUGGUAAAGUUAUCCUGAUCCCUGACAUGCCAAAGGAAGAGGCAGAAAAGGAUGCAACGGAGGAGGCCAAAAAGGAUGCAAAGAGCGAGGGGAAAAAGGAUGCAAAGGAGGAAACCAAAAAAGAUGCAAAAGGGGAGGCGAAAAAAGAUGCAAAAAAGGAUGCAAAAAAGGAUGCUAAGGAGGAUGCAAAAAAGGAUGCUAAGGAGGAUGCAAAAAAGGAUGCUAAGAAAGAGGAAAACUAGAGUGAUUUAGUGCAGCUUAGAGGGAGUGGAAGGUCUGCUGGUGGUAAAAAAUGGUCCUACUAGUGUGUGUGUUUUGUGUUUGUAUUUGGGGGUGGAAUGAAGCAAAGUAGAGGUGUCAUGCUUUGGUUGCAGUGAAUAAGUAUCUACUCUAUUGCCCACAACCAAUACCAGGGUUCCUAUAAAGAACAUUCACUGCUCACCUAUGUGAAAUUGGCAACGUGCAUCAGAUUUACCAAAGGGGAAAAGUUUACAUGUGUUUUCUCUUUGAUUUGAUCAGAUGCAGCUUUCAUCUGCAAAAUGUUCUUUCUAUAUGUGAUCUCUCCUUUAAUAUUCCUAUUUCUCUCGUGUAUUUACACUAUUAAACAUUCAUUUUUUUGA